AUGACCAGAACCUCCGUGUUGGCUGACGCCUUGAACUCCAUCAACAACGCCGAGAAGACCGGCAAGUGUCAGGUGUUGAUCAGACCUUCUUCCAAGGUGAUCAUCAAGUUCCUCCAGGUUAUGCAGAAGCACGGCUACAUCGGUGAGUUUGAGUACAUCGACGACCACAGAUCUGGUAAGAUUGUUGUUCAGUUGACCGGUAGAUUGAACAAGUGUGGUGUCAUUUCUCCAAGAUUCAACGUGAAGAUCAAGGACAUUGAGAGAUGGACCGACAACUUGUUGCCUGCCAGACAGUUUGGUUACGUCAUCUUGACCACCUCUGCUGGUAUCAUGGACCACGAGGAGGCCAGAAGAAAGCAUGUUUCCGGUAAGAUCUUGGGUUUCGUUUACUAA